UCGAUGACGUACUACGCAGAACAUGAGCUGAAGAGGCGUUCGUUGUACCUUUGUCCAAGCUAUCCAAACGCGAAAAUCACAUAAAUGGAUCGGGGGUCGAAGCGGCGACAGGUGAAGCCUUUGGCUGACUCUCUGCUGGAUGCUCUGGACUAUGACAGCUCAGAUGACAGUGAUUUUGAAGUUGGAGAUGCAUCAGGUUCAGAGGGCACCGGCAACGGGAGUGAUGAGGAGGGUUCAAAUGACAGCGCUGCGGGCUCUGAGAGCGACUCUGACGCUGUUGGCUCAGCUGAUGAAGAGGGCAUAGAUGAAGAAGAGACCAAAGAUUUAAAUGAAGACACUGAAGAAGAGGAAAAAGCCAAGGAACAGUCUUUCUCUGAGGAGACCAGCAGCAAAGAAACAGAGGGAACCUCCAAGAAUCGCAGGAAAGUAGAAAAAUCCUCAGAUACAGAACCAAAUGGUAGUGGUACUGCAGAGGAGGCCUCGGGAGAGCCAAAAAAAUGGAACCUCCGACGAAACCGGCCCAUGCUGGACUUCACUACGAUGGAAGAGCUAAACGAAAUGGAUGAUUAUGACAGCGAGGAUGACAAUGACUGGAGGCCCACGCAAGGAAAAAAGAAAGGCAAGGCAUCAUCUGGGAAGGAGAAAGAAGGGAGUGAUGAAGAGGAUGAUGAUGGUGGUAGUGAUGAAGAGGACAAUGAGGAUGAUGAAAACGAGACUAGUAGCAGUGAUAGUGAGGAAGAAGGGAGGAAACCAAAGAGAAAAGCAGGCAAAAACACUGGAGCUUUUGAUGAGGAGGAGACCAAUGACAGCCACAGCACAUCACAUGGAAAGGGCAAUGAGGACUCUCUGUUGGAGCGUCCCCAGACCUGGAGCUCCCAGCGAAUGGAGCACAUCCUUAUCUGCUGCGUGUGCCUGGGAGACAACAGCGAAGAUGCGGAUGAGAUCAUCCAGUGUGACAACUGUGGCGUGACCGUGCAUGAAGGUUGCUAUGGUGUCGAUGGUGAAAGUGACUCUAUCAUGAGCUCGGCCUCAGAGAACUCAACAGAACCGUGGUUCUGUGACGCUUGCAAGAAUGGCGUUACACCCAGCUGUGAACUCUGUCCCAGUCAGGACGGCAUCUUUAAAGAAACUGAUGCUGGGAGGUGGGUGCACGUGGUGUGUGCCCUUUAUGUUCCAGGCGUUGCAUUUGGAGAUAUUGACAAGCUGAGGCCAGUAACACUCACAGAGAUGAACUACUCAAAGUAUGGGGCAAAGGAGUGCAGUUUGUGUGAGGACGCACGCUUUGCUCGCACAGGCGUUUGCAUCAGCUGUGAUGCUGGAAUGUGCCGUUCAUUCUUCCAUGUUACGUGUGCUCAACGGGAAGGGCUACUGUCUGAAGCUGCUGCAGAAGAGGACAUUGCAGAUCCCUUCUUUGCGUACUGCAAGCAGCACGCAGACCGCUUUGACAGGAAAUGGAAAAGGAAGAACUACCUGGCCCUGCAGUCCUAUUGCAAAGUGUCUCUGCAGGAAAGAGAGAAGCAACUGACACCUGAAGCUCAGGUCAGAUUUACCGCUCAGGCUCGUAUAACCACUCGGCUCCAGCAGUACAGAGCGAAAGCAGAGCUGUCUCGAAACACUCGACCGCAGGCGUGGGUGCCCCGAGAGAAGCUUCCCCGACCGCUCACUUCUAGUGCGUCAGCCAUUCGUAAGCUGAUGCGUAAAGCCGAGCUCAUGGGUAUCAGCACAGACAUAUUCCCCGUGGACACAUCUGAGACCAGCGCAAGCAUAGAUGGACGGCGUAAACAUAAGCAGCCUGCCCUCACGGCAGACUUUGUUAACUACUACCUAGAGCGGAACAUGAGGAUGAUUCAGAUCCAGGACAACAUAGUGGAGCAGAAGAACCUCAAAGACAAGCUGGAGAGUGAGCAGGAGAAGCUGCACAUGGAUUACGAUAAGCUGUGCGAGUCUCUGGAGGACCUGCAGAAUGUCAAUGGCCAGCUGAGGACCGAGGGCCAAGCCAUAUGGAGCAUGAUGGGGGGGAUCCUUGGACAGAAAUUGAAUUCUCCUGCAGUACUGAAAGCUCCCAAAGAGAGAAAGCCAAGCAAGAAAGAGGGUGGAUCACCAGGGAAGUCGUCAAACCUCCCAGCUAUGCUCUACAGCUGUGGGAUCUGUAAGAAAAACCAAGACCAGCAUCUUUUACUGCUAUGUGACACCUGUAAGCUGCAUUACCAUCUGGGCUGUCUGGACCCACCUCUCACACGCAUGCCGAAGAAGACCAAAAACAGCUACUGGCAGUGCUCUGAAUGCGACCAGGCCAGUAGUGAUGAGGCUGACAUCGCCAUGGAGACGCUGCCGGAUGGAACCAAAAGGUCCAGAAGGCAGAUCAAGGGACCAAUCAAAUUCAUCCCUCAAGAAAUGAGCCCAGAGCCCAAGAAGCUUCAAGUGAGAGGGACUCCCCGGCUAAACUCCACCAGAGAAAGAUGCUUCAUUGCAGAAUUUAUCUUCACUUGCACUCCAGAGUGUGGCAGCAGCUGAAAAGAGUCCUGCUUUGCAUUUUUAAUGCCUUUAACCAGCCGGUGUGGUGGUGGCAAUCCUUUGUAAAGCUGUGUUCUGAUUUAUCAUGGCAAGCUAAUCGACCCCCCGCCAUUCCUUCCGUUCAGGAGUCAGUGGUGUUCGGCUUCGCUAAUGUGCCACACUUCUCCAGGGCCAUUGAAUACCGGCCCUCCUGCACAACUGAAAUGGCUCUCAUGACUGGUGCACACUGAGAUUUUGUUGUGAGUCUUUAUUGGACUAGAUUUCUGCAUCAUUCGAUAGACUGAGGGAAUUGGAAAUGUUGCUAUGUAUAAUUAGAGUGUUUGAUAAAGCAU